GCGUAGGAUCGACAGAGGGAAGUGUGUGGCUCGCCGGUGUUACCUGGUGUUACGUGCCGCGGAAUCACUAGCCGGUCAGUCAGUGUACCGUCUCCUUCCUACCCUUGAACGCUCUGGGCUGGACGGUGUUCUUUGCCUACCUCUUGUAGUGACAACUGACAGAUCGGGGAGCACAGCACAGCCACCAUGUCGAGUCCGUCAUUGAAAGACCUGCCAAAAGUAGCCUUAGACUUGAAAAGCGAAUUGGAGGGGUUCAAUCAUGGUUGCAUGAAGAAAGCUGCGACCGCCGAAAAGAACGUUUUACCUUCCGCUGAAGACGUACGACAAGAACGACGGCAUUCUGAUUUAAUCCACGAUGUGGAGUCUUUUAAGCAAGAUCAAUUGAAACAUGCCGACACAAAGGAGAAGAUUAUUUUACCCAACGCCAAAGAUGUAGCCGCGGAAAAAACUCAGCAAACGCUGAUCGCUGGCAUCGAGAAAUUCGACCCGGCCAGUUUGAAGCAUACCGAGACCCAAGAAAAAAAUCCACUACCCGACAAAGAUGCUAUCCAGCAGGAGAAAGGAAAGCAAGAGUUAAUCUCUGGAAUUGAAAAUUUCGAUCCGGCGAAACUGAAACAUGCGGAAACGCUGGAGAAAAAUGUCUUGCCAACCAAAGAAGCGAUCGAUGCUGAAAAGAUAGCUGCUUAAAACGAAGCUCUCGCGAAACAAAGAGAAGAAAAAAGAAAGGGAGCAGCGACUCAUUUCUUCCAUUUUCUAUAUCAUGACAUUUUAUAACAAUUAUUCAUACAUUGCCGACAGGAAACAAAGGAGAAUGCGAAACACUGUGUUAAUGUAAUCUUAUGAUUAUAUACUUAUCCUACCGCCAUGAGCGUUCCUUUCGGCGAGACGCACAAGUCGAUUUUUUACACGAAACCAUUAACAACGGAACGACGAUGGAGGUUUGGGCCCAAACUUAACUAAGACACAAUAAAAACUUGGACAAGCAAUCUGUUCGAUGUGUAACGUUAUCAACGAUCGUCAGAUAAUUUUGGGCCUGCAUCAAUAUCCGUCUCUAUAUAUACACUAACUCGCCAAAGGAUGUACUUUUUAUACUAAGAAAGCUCUGCACGCAGGCAAACGUUAUUUUCGACAGCAACAAAAUUGGGUAGCAUUGCAUGCGUUACAGAUAUAUCGCAAUGGUACAGCGGUUGAUCUUAUAUUUGUGUAAAAAUCAUAUUUUAUAUAACAGGCUAUUGUACUUUUUUAAUAUUUCGUACACAUCGCAUUGUCAUUCCGAUAAAAAAUAUGACGAAUAAAAAAAAAAGUAAUUUGUAAAAACGAAGAA